GCUCUGCUCUCCCAGCAGAGCGCGACUUUGAUGGAGGCUCAAAGAACGACGCUGAACAAGGCACUGACGGACCUGGAAGCCAGACAGGACACCAAGAUGGAGAAACUGGAUACCAAGCAAAGCCAGGCUACCGAAGAGCUGGCUGCUCAGGUUCGCCUCCUGGGCGAUCGGCUGCGGAAGCUCGAGGGCCAAGGCGGGCCAGGACUCGGCGAGGGCAAGAAGCACACACUCGUGUUCGGAGGGUGGGGGCGCCAGACCCGAAGACAUGUGGUGCUCCACCAGCUCUCGGAGGUGGUGGAGAAACUCAAGCUUCGCCCGGUGUUGGACGAGCUCCCCUUCACAACAGGACCCCGAAGGUCCAUUGCACUACCCAACUUCAAGCCUCGGCAAGGCGAAGGACCGAGCGAAGUUCGUAGCAGGAUGAUGGAGGUUCUCACGGCCGUCAAUGGGGCCCAGGCUCAAUUGGUGGGGGCAGAGAAGACUCUAUGGUGUUCCUUUAGCCGGUCACCCGAAGAAAGGGGCAAGGCCUCCCUCACAGGGGUCGUAAAGAAAGUCGUCAUGACGCACCGACUUGGCCUGAAAGAGGAGUUGGACUUGGAGUACGCCAACGGCAUGUCCUGGCUGGGAGAGGCACAGCUGUCCGGGCUGGGAGAAGCACCGCAUAGAGCAACAGUGGUCACUACGAAAGCUGGGCCAGGAUGGGUCGAUGUGAAAGGCCUGGCGGAGAAGGACAAUGGCAAUGCCAAAGUCCGGGUGCUGAGCUGGAAUGUUGGUGGGGUGGUUUUUGGUGACCUCCCCAAAGCUCUCGGCGAAGCAAGCGGCCAAGCACUUCGUGAUGAGGACUUGGUCAUCCUUCAAGAAAUCCCUCGAAGGGAGGCAGGCUGGCAGAGUCAGACCUUCUCCCACCUCAAGGUGUCACAUCGCGAAAAAGGUCAGUGGAGAGGGGUGGGACAAGUGCUGGACAUGCUUCAGAGUGUGGAGUUCCUCAAUGCCCUCCCGGCCACCCACCUUCCCACGAUUAUAGGGGCAGACCUGAACACUCCAUACGGCUGGGUGGACGGCGGUCCACAGGGGCUCCAGGCGGCCUCUAAGAGCGGGAAGGGGAACCAGUUCUUGAUUGAGCUGGCCUCCAGAGGGAUCGAACUUGAAGAGAUCAAAAAGCUGGCGACCGAAUGUACCAAGGCGAGGGAGGUCUUCGGACGAGUGGAAGACGGCCUUCGCGGCAAGGAG